AUGGGAAGCAGCUCCUCCAGGCAGCACCACUUUGCUUUUCAGAAUGCUGAGAAAGCCUUCAAGGCAGCGGCCCUGAUCCAGAGAUGGUACCGGCGCUACAUGGCCCGCUUGGAGAUGAGGCGGCGAUGUACCUGGAACAUCUUCCAGUCUAUAGAGUAUGCUGGACAGCAAGACCAGGUCAAGCUCCAUGAUUUCUUUAGCUACCUUGUGGAUCACGUCACACCCAGCAGUCACCAUGAGAGGGACUUCCUGAACCGCAUGUUCACUGAGGAGAGAUUCGCCCAGGAUGUGGAGACAGACUACGAAUCCAUAGAGGUGCCCGACAGCUACACAGGGCCACGCCUCUCCUUCCCCCUUCUUCCUGACCAUGCUACUGCCCUGGUGGAAGCUUUCAGACUGAGACAACAGCUCCAUGCUCGCUACGUCCUCAAUCUUCUGUACGAGACCCGGAAGCACCUGGCCCAGCUGCCGAACAUCAACCGGAUCUCAACCUGUUACAGCGAGGAGAUCACAGUGUGCGGAGAUCUACAUGGCCAAUUGGAUGACUUAAUAUUUAUAUUUCAUAAGAAUGGUCUACCGUCGCCAGAGAGGGCGUACGUGUUCAAUGGUGACUUCGUGGACCGAGGCAAGGACUCAGUAGAGGUCCUGAUGGUCCUGUUUGCCUUCAUGUUGGUUUAUCCCAAAGAGUUCCAUCUUAACCGAGGAAACCAUGAGGAUCACCUCGUGAACUUACGAUACGGCUUCACCAAGGAAGUGAUGCAGAAAUACAAGAUACACGGGAAGAAAAUCCUAAGGAUGCUUCAAGACGUCUUCUGCUGGCUUCCACUGGCCACACUGGUUGAUGAGAAAGUCCUUGUUCUACAUGGCGGGAUCUCAGACAGGACAGACUUGGACCUUCUGGCUAAACUAGACAGGCACAAGAUCAUUUCUACCAUGAGGUGCAAAAUGAGAAAGGAAAAUGAGAAUCGGGAGGAGCAGAAGAGAAAAGUCAACCAGACAAGCUCUGGACAGAGACCUACUCCGUGGUUUCUUCCGCAAAGCCGCUCUCUGCCCUCCUCGCCCUUUCACCCGGGCUCUGGCUCUAAGGCCUACAAAACCUGUCGCUCCAGCAGCAUUCCCUGCAGCUCGCUGGGCCACAAGGAGCAGUCCCGGCAAGUGCGGCGCUCGGUGGACCUGGAGCUGGAGCAAUGCCGGCAGCAAGCCGGCUUCCCAGGGAUCAGAGAGAAGGGGGAGUCCUUGCCCUUGGCCCCAGACACCCACUGUGAUGCUGAUGCGGGACUGGAGCCCACUCCGGAGGAGUGGAAGCAGGUGGUGGAUAUUCUGUGGAGUGAUCCGAUGGCUCAGGAGGGCUGCAAGGCCAACACUAUCCGAGGAGAAGGCUGUUACUUCGGGCCUGAUGUGACAGAAAAGCUGCUGGAGAAAUUCAAACUGCAGUUCUUGAUUCGUUCACACGAGUGCAAACCUGAAGGCUAUGAAUUCUGCCACAGUCGCAAGGUGUUGACCAUCUUUUCCGCCUCCAACUACUAUGAAGUUGGCAGUAACAGAGGUGCCUAUGUCAAACUGGGACCAGCCCUAACUCCACAUAUCGUGCAGUAUCAAGCUAACAAGACGACACACUGGCUAACCAUGAGGCAAAGGAUCAGCAGGGUGGAGGAGUCAGCCCUGAGAGCCCUAAGGCAGAACUUAUUUGCUCAUUCCUCAGACCUGCUUGUCGAAUUUCAGAAGCACGACGUGGAUGAGAGCGGCACAGUCACCCUGAGUGACUGGGCGGUUGCUGUGGAGACUGUGCUGCACCUGGGCCUGCCAUGGCGGAUGCUCCGGCCACAGCUGGUGAACAGUUCCGCGGAGAAUGUGCUGGAGUACAAGUCCUGGUUGGAGAGCUUGGCCAAAGAACAGCUGAGCCGAGAGAACAUCCAGUCGAGUCUUUUGGAAAAACUCUAUAGAAACCGAUCCAACUUGGAGACGAUUUUUCGGGUCAUCGACAGUGAUCAUUCAGGAUUCAUCUCCCUGGAUGAGUUCAGACAGACAUGGAAGCUCUUCAGCUCCCACAUGAACAUCGACAUCACCGAUGACAACAUCUGUGACCUCGCCAGAAGCAUCGACUUCAACAAGGAUGGCCGCAUCGACAUCAACGAGUUCCUGGAGGCCUUCCGCCUUGUGGAGCAGUCCUGCUCCGAGGGCCACGCCUCCGUUUGCUGACAGGCCACAGACACUGCAGAGAGGGACUGGAGAGUCCAGGUCCAUGCUGAGGCUAGCCUGGCCUUUAUCACCUACAGUGCCUAG